AACCAACAAUUACUUUGGAUACGUAUGUCAACAGGCAAAACCGCAGAGAGAAGCCCAAAAGAGAUGCAUGCAGUGAGCACAAGUGUGUGUAAGGAACCAUUGAAGAUGAAACUGCAUCCUUCUGUUGGUCUUUAAACCUUUUUAAUCGUUUAAUCAUUGUCAUUACGUCAUCGAGACAUUUGAACAGUGUAUUCUGUGGUACCACCGCGAAGGUGCAAUACUGAGCUUCCAGUCUAGUUGGCCUCAAGACAAAGUUGAGAGAAUUUUUUAUGUAUUGACUGCCAGCGAAGUGGAAAGGAUAUUCAACGUUUUUGUUAAGAUUUGGGGUAAUGCUUGGCUUUGUUAAAAAGGAAGAAGUCUCAUCCAUGACAGAACCACUGAUAUCUACACACAAUGGUGACAUCAACAUCUCUUACGAAGAUGAUGAGCUAGUGAAAGAGAUCAUCAGCUCCAUCUCGGGGCCCUCACACAGCAGUACAUGUACAGAUUUUAUAAGCAAUGGUCUGUUUGGACAGCAGAAUGGAAGCAUUUACUUCAACAGCUCACAGGAUGUCUACUGUAAUGGAAAUGUGCUUGGAGUUGAAAAUGCUGAUUUCAUUGGCGAUGAAGUAGACACAUCAGCUAUCAGCGAAAACAGGAAUUUUGAAAUCAACUACAUCAAGUUUCCAAAGUCAAUCAUCAAAUCCCAGAGAAGAAGCGGUGGAGUUUCACAACAGAGGCUUAGCAUUGAGGAUUCAAGGAUCGUUUUAGGAAUAACACUUCUUGGCGUUGCUCAGGUGCUCACAAUCCGGUGUUUUGUGGCAAGAGUUGUUGAUCCGUCUUUUCAAAGAUCUGACGUGGUUAAUGAACCAGUCGAGCUGGAAGUAAAAGCAUUGCAAGGAAAAGUCGGAGAGUAUAUACUCAAUAUCAACCUCGACUCAGUCUAUGAUGUGAAUGGAAAAUUGGUCUACGGCCUGGCCAAAAACAAAAUCGAAGAUUUAAACAAAUUCUACUUAAAAAUCCUGGUCACCUUUGUCGAUCACUCAUGGAAUUUUGCUGAUACAAAAUGUUUUCAAGUCGUUGGCAGAGCCAAAGAUGCGGACAAGAAAGAGCCAGUCACAGAAGCAAAUCAACUGCCACCAGCCCCGAGACCGGGUGCUAAACGAGCAAGAACCGGCACCGACGAAUCAACACAAUCUAAUGGUUCGUUAUCGAUUGGUGAUAUGCCUAAAAGUAAUGUAAGCACGAGCAGUGGAUACAGCAGCGGCACGUCACAUACAGAUGGCAUGCUGAUAACAGCAUCGAAAGUCGCAGCCGACUUCUUGGACGCAAAACGUGCCGAAAUCGGAUCCCUGGUUGUGGCAGAGCCGAUCAAGACAUCCCGAGGCGACAUUGCCUAUCAUUUCACGUUGCAGAACCCAGACGCUCACCCUGCAUUCUCAGAAGGUGAAAUCGUUGGCCUGUUUGAACGCAAGGAUGGCGAAUGUGUGCUUGAUAAGCUCACGCAAAAGAACUCAAUAGACGCUGUAUUGAAAGGUGUUAUCAGCCGAUCACAGUAUUUGGAGGCCAAGGUGAAACCAGGAGUUCGAACUGAAACUGUAUGUAUGUUUGGCAUCGUCCCCGUCAAAGUGAGAGGGCCAGUUACACGUGGCGAUAUUGUUUACGCAUCGCCAUCCCAUCCCGGCGUCGCCGUUAGUUCCAGCACUCUUGGUAGCAAGCCACUGUUGAUUAACGAUUCGUCCGCCUUGGGAAUGGCCUGGCAAACGAUCUAUGCAGACGAGGACGAGCUGAAUCUUGUCUACUGCCUUGCAUCCAUUACCAUGGAAAUUUUCCAAGGAAUGAUUGAAAAGCGAUUUCGCACACUGAAGAGACGAGUCAAUGCUAGAAUCGAUGAUAUCCAGAAAUCAAGGAAGCGCUCAAAGAGAAGAAACAUUAUUUGCGCUUCGAUUCUGACGACAUUUUUACUACUUCUCUCGAUCUUGCUGUGGCAAAUUUUCAUGCCCGGGUCGGCCUUGCGUCGAAUGGUAUGCGAGAAAGGAAGCAUUAAGAAUCAUUUUGCCAGCUUCAAAUACAGGCCGUUGAAAGAUAUAUUCACAUUCUACAAUGUGGAUGGAAAAGAGUUUGAUUUCGAAACAUUGAAGAAGAAGUCGCAAGAACUAAGAGAACCGAUUCCUGGUUCAGGGCUCCACUAUUACUACAACAUCCCUUUAUGUGCUUACGGUGGUUCAGCAAAGUCAGAGGACACCUUGUUGAAAAGGAAACGAAUUGGAGGACCCCGCGUUUUUGCGGUCGAUGAGCAGUGCAAACACGCCUUUUAUUAUUAUGGUGCGCUCAAUAAAUGGUGUAGAUACAAGUCAGCCCUCGAUUUGAAGUGCGUUCCGGCUUUUCAUACCGAUCACGGAAAGAAAACGAACCAGACGAUACCUGAGUUCUGUACUUGAAUUACCACUGGUUUGUCAGUAAUGCUAGUUUUGAAUAGCCGUUCUUAGUAGAUGAAUUGGAGCUCUGUGCCGUCGUUGGGCAGGAGCUGUGCGUGAGAUCUGUGGCACAAAUGAUUUCUUAAGGAUUUGUAUUUGUUUUAGGUCUAUUUGGGAUAGCCCAGUACACACUGUUUCACUGCCAAGCCCUCCGAUUUCGGGCCCUAAUCUAAAUUUUUCUAUCCCUAUUUGACCUGGCAGCGUUUUUUCUUUUCCAUCGUACUUCAACACUUUUUCCAAGCCCUCCUUGGCAUUACAAGAAUACAAAUUGCUUCAAUACGAAAUCUGCAAAGUGGGUUUUGUUUGGUUAUUGUGACAUCUAGACGUAGGUUUGGAGUUUCUGCUAAUAAUUUGGAGUUUCAAUAUUUAUGCCUUUUUGCUGGAAGAUUAAACAAGCUUCAAGAUCCGAUCCCAAUAUCUGUCUCCAUCCCGUUGUGACUAGCUUUUCUCCAAGUCAUGAUGUCCUUCAGUAAGUUUUUGCAUCAACUAACUGUCAAUUACACCUCUAGAAACACAAACGAUUUCUCUGUAUUUAAUAAAGUCGGUAAUGUACAGGAAUAUCAAGGCUAUUUUUUAGGCUUCCAUUCCAGAAAGGUUUUUGUACCAUCAUAUUUGUAACACGUAUAAUCAUUUAUUGGCAUAUUUUAACCAUCCGUUAUCACCCGUUUCCUAGGAAUAUAGAAUCAUUUCUUUCGCGAUGAUUUUUAUUUUUAGUGCUUUUAACUGCUUCAAGCGACAUUUAUUGUAAAUAUGUGUAGUUUAUAGUAGCCUCUACGUUGUGUAUGUUCAUUUGUACCUUCGUGUAUUAGCUUUUUUUAUAUCGUUUUUGUCAAUUAAUCAAUAUUUGUAGCAUUUGGAUGUGCAUUCACAGAUUUUUCUAUCAAAACACGUGUAGCAGAUAGAUAGGCCUAGCCCUACUUUUGCAUGCUGCCGUAGAGAAUUGGCAGCGUAGGGACUAAUGACGCGAAAUUACCUCUUUGCAGCCCUGUACCAAUAAGCCAACCCCGAACAAAUAUUUAAAUCUUAAGCCGAAAACCCACUCUGGAAAAUAAUCCGCGGAUCGGAUCCGAUCGUGUUGUUCUGAUCAGUUCCGUUCGAUCCGCGAAUCGUUUCAAAUUGGAAUGCACGUUGACAUUUAUAUCUCCACGGGACCUUGCCUCAUGACGCAAUGCUCUAUUGUUUUAUAAGUUCUAAUUCGAUUUUCAUCAAAAUAAAACUAUUGUACCGUACCGGAACGGUUCAAAAAAAAGUUGAAAUUAUUUCAACUUUUUUUUCUAUCCGUUUCGAUCCGUCGCGGAUCAGUCAUGUGACCAUUUUUGCAUCCAAAGCGCUUGCGCAACACAAAAUCUGAGCCGAUCCGCGGAUCAUUUUCCGGAGUGGGUUUUCGGCUUUAGAGACAUUUUUAUAUAUUGAGUUAUCAUUUUUCUCUGACAGAUUAAUUUUAUUGCAUAAAGCAGCGUGUACUUAAAGCAAUCUAAAGAUACUGAAGUGACAUUUAUCAAUAGACUAUUGGCCAAUCAGCAACCGUCUGAGUGCUGCCACUUAAGUGCCUGUCGAUUGGCUUUCAGCAUUGUUUAUCAAACGGGAACAUUGAAUGUCUUUAUUUUUAAUUUUUUUCAAAAUAACUUUAUAUUCGCUGUGCGAAGAUUAAACUUUACUUAAUAAUUUUAUGUUUGGCUAGUCGUACAUUUUUCUAUAUAAAAUGUAGUGAGACCUUUGGCGUCUAUUUUGCUAGCCAAUUUUGCAGAUAUUUUUGAUGGAUUCUUUGUUUGGGA